UAGGAAAAUAUAGCUCUACUUUCCCUUUAUGUGUUCUUAGUUGAAUUAAGAGUUGAUGCUAUAUAAACCCUAACUUUGUGUCACUUGUUCAUGUAAACGAAGCCAAAACCUACCCUUAAACCCUAGAGUUGCUGAAACAACUUUGAACUUUUCCAUGAAGUGCAUACAAUUCAUGCCUCAAUUGAGGCGUGACGACCGCUAUUUCUACCUUGCCGUAGUCUGCAGUGUCAUCGGCGUCGUCGUCUGCUUCUUCGCUAUACUCGGCAGUGUCUAUGCCGUACUCUGGAAGAGCUUCUAUCCCCACGGCCCCCAAAUCACCGUCACUAACGCCUCUCUAACCCGACUCAAUCCCAUUGACUACGCGGAAAACACUCUCGACUACAACCUUGCACUCAACUUCACCAUCAGAAAUCGCAACAAAGGGGUUGGCAUAGACUACCGUAGCAUCCAAGUCAUUGGUGCUCAGAUAAGCUACAAGUCUGUCGCAGUGAGUGCGACUCCGUUUUACCAGGAGGGCAAGAACACCACCGCUAUGCAUGCACUACUACAACUUCAAGGGGAGCCGAGGGAGAUGGCUGGUGUUUACAGUAUUGACGUAAUGUUUGUUCUUCGGGUAAGGUAUGAUCGCGUCAAGUUAUUCAAAAAAAUCAAGGGCAGUCCGCAGAUCCUUUGCAAGCUGGGGGUUCGGCUGAGUAGUUCUAAUGGAACAUCUGCAGGUGGUUUCAACCCUACCGAGUGCAAGAGUGUUCCUCGAAAACAAAGAUACCGAAUCCGUGCUGGAUGAAUGAUUAAUUGUUAAUGAUCAGUAUAAUGUGGCAACUAGCAAACAACUUUUAAGGUUUUUCUUAAAAUUUCAAUCGUUUGUGUGCCUGCCAAGAAACCCAAAAGUGAACAGAACAACCUUAAUUUCCAUCGUGCAUUUACAAUUCGGUGGAAAUUACGUGCAUCUGUUCAUUUUCUUUCUCUUUCUCUAUCUAGUUUUUAAUUAUUCCUUUGUUACAAUUAGUCGAGUUAAUCGUUUAGAGAAAGUAAACAUGAUUCAACACAAACCACUGCACAAUGAUAAGGCAAAGGCAAGGGGAUCAAAAUCUCAAAAACAAACAAUAACCAUUGGCAGAAUCAAGUCAAUGUGGCCGUACACAACUGAUUCGACAAU